AUGAAUUUAGGCCAGCUCGUCAAAGUGCUCUCGCCUGAGGAUACCAGGUUAAGGAAUUCCCUUAACUUCUCAGAUCUUUGUUACGUAAUGGCUAGUUUUGUUGCAUACCCACAACCUAACGUGCUUGCAAUUUGCGUUCAAGGUGGCACAACGGCCAUUCCUGGAGCUUUCGGAUGUGGAAAAACAGUCAUAUCGCAAUCACUUUCUAAAUACUCCAAUUCCGAUGUUAUCAUUUACGUUGGCUGCGGUGAACGCGGUAAUGAAAUGUCUGAGGUCCUACGAGAUUUCCCAGAGAUUAAACUCCCCUCCAAACAUAGUUUUUUUGUAGAACUCAAGUGA